AGUGACCAUUAUUUAAGUAUUUAUACACGAGCUUUUAAAAAUUGUCAAAGAAAGAAGAAAAAAAGAAUGUAAAAUUGAGAUAACAAUACAUGUAUGCAGGAUCGCUAACUCAUUUGGAAAAAUGCAGAUAUUUGGAGUGGUUGUAUUGGGGGCCCUAGUCAUGUGGACGUCCGGAGCUCUGGUCGACUUCCGGCGCCUUUGUCAGUCAGACCAGCAAAGUUUCGGGUUCCGUCGGGACACGGGACAGUCCGAGGCCGUGCAUUACUGUCACGUGACGGGAACACAGAGCACAGAUUGCAAGCAAAUCGAUGCUGAUGGGGGUUUUGACUGUGGAGCGGAGUUCUACCUGCAGGGUGGUCUACCAGGCAGACUGGCGCAGUGCUGCAGAAUGUCGGGACACAGAUUGAUGAAUUGCCAAACUCUGGCCCAGAGAUUCUCAUACCGGGACGGCUUUGACAUCAUGUACGUUAACAGGGCUCUCCGCAAGCUAAUCAGUACCCCAAUACCGAGUGACCCCACAACUUUCCAGGUGGAAUUGUGUGACCUUGAGAAACAAGACACGGAAUAAUGUAUAAAUAACAGGUGCAUCUCGGAGAAUACUCUAAAUAUUCACAUUGUAUGUAUGUAUAAAAA